GAUUUUAUUUUUUUAACAGAGGACUACCGGGUAUACGGUCGGCACCAUAUCAUUUAAUUGGACUGGGCGACAUAAUGGCGAACCUUCUAGGACUCCUUGCUCUCCUUUCCUAUAUCACAGGCGUGUCUGCUGAAGUCUGUUCUGCCGCCUACACCUACUACUCCUACUACUACUACACCUACUACGUAUACUGUAAUGAAGGCUGUUGUGGUUAUUACUACAGCAGGGAAUGCUGUGCAUCAGCUGGAGGAACUAUUGCCGGGGCAGUCAUCGGAAGCAUCAUCUUCAUUGCCUGCAUCGUCGUCUUCAUCAUCAUCAUCAAGAAAUGCAAUACGAAAAGAACUGGCGUUGUUGUGGUAGGGCCGGCACGCACGACUGGAACCAACAUCACUGUUGUUAACACCACCAAUCGGCAGCAGCCUUAUGGUGGAUAUCCCCAGCCACAGUACGGGGUACAACCAUCUGGCGGAGCUGUGUAUCCUCCACCACCAGCAGCAGUACCACCAGCCUACCCACCAGCAGCAGUACCACCAGCCUACCAACCUCCUCAAAACGCUCCUGGCAAACCAGCUACUUAUUAGUGUACUCAGAAAUGUAACGAGGAACCUAAAUCAUUGAAAUGAGAUAAAAGUAUGCGUAUUUUUCGAUGUUACGACAACAUUUAUCCGGAUCUGUUUUCAUAAUCAGUACAGUAGUGUUUUCAUAGAUUUUAUUUGUUGUUUUCCUGUAUCGAUAGACAUUUUAUCUAUAAUUGCAGAUAUAUCAAUCUUUUUUAAUUGACCAGUGAAGCUUUGUCACCGCAUCUAAUUACACGAGUGUAUUAUGGGUAUAUAUAUAUUUAAGGAGGCCUUCAUUCUUUAUGAAAUGCAUUCACUUACAUGUACACAAUACAUUAGUACAAUCAAGAACGUUAAUUAAAUACAUAAGGGUGACUUACUUAAUGCUACAUAUCAGAACACGCUUGGAUUAUACUGCCAUCUGGUUCAGUUCGAUGCUUUUAUUACAUAUAUCUAUAUAUAUCCCCUGAAGAGUGGCACGAUAUAGCCACGAAAGUACAAGGGAUACAGCAGAUCUUUGUUUGACUUUUUAUUCUAUUAUAUAUAAUUCUUUUUAUAUAUAUAUUUUUUUUCUGUAAGCCGGCGAAAAGAAGUUUAAACAAGGCAUAGCUAAAAUUGUCCAGAACAUUCGGAAGUAGAAAUAUAGAUUCUCAUGUCGUACCAACAAGCACAUUAAACAGUUGGAGCACACAUUUAGCUCACUAUUUUUGGCAUUAAAGCUUUCAUCGCAGCAUUGUAGAUAUUUAUACAUGUAUAUAGACGUAUCUAUCUUUUUGUUUGAAAAUCUAAAGAUUUGGUUCCAAGAUACACUCUUAAGAAGAAGCGCGGAGUUCAAAUGGAUUUCACGGAGUCAUUUGAAUGUUUCGCUGGAAUGUUUGAAUCCCCAAUGGGUGAUUUUAUUAUCUGAGAUAUUCUCUCCGAGUAUUUUAUAUGGUGUUCACCCUAACGAUGGUUUACAAUAACAGCAAGGUUAUUUCGGUUAAAUCAUAAUCCAUGAUUACUGUAUUUGACAAGCGUCGCGGUGAGUCAAAAUUGACAAAUUUAAAUUUGAAUUUUGUUUGUUGAUAUGUGUGUUUUCGGCAGAACAAUGUGCAAUGUCUUCAUUUAAGAUAAUUGAAGUUGCUUUAUGCUUUUGAAAAACUACAUCUAACCUAUAUCUAACAUAGUGAAAGUUUUAGUUCAGCAUUACUAAAACCGGAUAUGACCGCCAUCCAAAGUUGUUUACCCACGACACCUGUAGCUUGAUUCCUACACUGACCAAACCACUCUAUAUUAUAGUAUUAACCCGAUAGUCACAUAUACUUAAACCUAAUUUAUUAACAUAAUAAAGUCACAUAUAACAGAAAGACAUUUUUUCUUGUAAUAAACAACCAGAUAUUCUGUCCAGAUUUUAAACACCACGUGAUUUUUCCUAAUAUUACAGAUAUCAGCUAGAAAAUCAAAUUUAGAUAUAAGAUUAUAUGUUAUCGAUACACUGCUAUCAUUAAAUAGCUGUAUACAUUUUUGAAAAUUGUCCAUGUAAAAUGUCACAUGGCUUGCUUUGAAAUAAUCACUGUUUAAGGAAGAAUGUUUUGCUGUGUUUUGUUUUCAAUAAAUUGUUUUAAUUCAA